AUGGCCAGUAUGCUCGAUUGGCUCAUGUUCCACUCCCGUCCCGAGUUUGACCUAUGGCUCACUGCCGCGAUUGGCCAUACCGAUCUCACAGCCUUUCACUUGGCCUUCAUCAAUGCUGGUCCCUUGCACUCUCCUACGGAACUGCAUGCCAAGAUGACAGAAAUAGUCGAGGUGAUAGACCGGGGAACACUUAGUGGAGCACCCCAGGCCCGUGUGACCGCAUGCGACUCAUUUCUAAUGGGGUGCGUGGAGGAUCUCGUGGUUGAUCGUCAUGAUACGAAGUUCCUAGGGCACGUGUGCUCCAUCACCUUCUGGUGGAUGUGUUUUGAUCAAGACCACAUGGCCGUGGCUGCUACUGCUAUGGCUGCCAAGCCCUUCUGCGAGUCGAGCAUUUCUGCUUCAUCUGUCGAGCUCACCAAGCACGAGUUCAGUGAGACUCUCACUGCCUCCGCUUCUCAUGCACAGUCCAUGGUAGGUUCUUUGGCAGGGUCUCCCGAGCCUCCCACUCCUACUAUGUCAUCUGGCAAGGUGCCUGCCAUGCGUGCUAAAGCCAUUACCCCUGAGGUUCUCCGAGAAUACCUGGAUAUCAUCUGCAAUACUUCUGGGGUGCUUAAGCAGGUGCUUGUCGAUUUUGGCAAGCCUUGGCCUUCUGCCAAGAUGAAUGUCUCAUUGUCCCUGUUUCUCAGAAUGCCAGCACUUUGCGUGCCUGCAUUCACUGCUGCCUGGGGCACACUUCAUGCUGUCUUCUCAAGCCCGCUCCUGCAUUCUCAUUCAAAGACCUCUCCGCAGGUCACCACCACAUGUCUCAAUCUUUACGAUGAAUGGAAAGACCUUCAGGUGGCCCGUACUUUGGGUGAUGAAGGUGUGAUAGAGACUGCCGUCAAAGCUUUCGCGUCCUACCUGUCUGCUCUUGAUGAUAUCCCUGAAGAGACCACGCACGUUCAUGCCAAGAACUUCCACAAGAAGGCCCAAGCUUUGUUAGACCCCAUUGCAUGUCCGUCCUGGUUAGUGUGGUGUGAAGAGCUGUUGUUCUCAGGGCAGGCUGCUGCUCUUUCUGGGGCUAAGGCCAUGUAG